CAUUUAUUUUUUCUAUUUUUUCGUUUCUUUCGUCUCUGUUACAAACGUCCUUUUAUUAUCCUCUCUCUUUCUCAGUAAAAGACAAAAAACCGUGCAUCUAUCUCAUCCCACCAUUUCCCUUUCCAUUUCCAUUUCCGUUUCCAUCCCCUCCCACCCCACUCUCCAAACAACGAAAUCACACCCUAACCCCCACCCUCCCUUUCCCUCUUUCCCUUUCUUUUUCUCAUCAAAUUUCUUCCUUAUUUCCCUUCCCUUAAAAACUAGCUUUCCCCUCCAUCCCAGAUCUAUCCCAACUAACCACACUUCUCUUCCAAGCAAAAAAUUUAAGGAUUCCCUUCAGGUAGAAACUUAACCCAAAAGAACAAAAAAAGGGAAAGAGGGGAAAAAUGUCUUCGGUUCGUUCAGAUCCCAUCCACAGAAUCCAUCCGGAGCAAAUCGAUCACUUCGACCGUCUUCCGGACUCUCUUCUCCUUUUAAUCUUCGACAACAUCGGCGACGUUAAAGCUCUCGGCCGAUGCUGCGUUGUCUCGCGUCGUUUUCACUCUCUCGUUCCACAAGUCGAAAACGUCGUCGUUCGUGUCGAUUGUGUCAUCCCCGACGACGAUUAUUCCUCAUCUUCCUCUUCCUCCGAUAAAUCACGUUCCUCCAGUCCUUUUACCAACAUCUUCCGUCUCGUUCUCGGAGGCAUUGUCAAACCCCUCCAAGCUUUGGGCCAAUUCCUCGGCCCAAAACGGCCCAAUCUCUAUGAAACCCUUAACACUCCAUCUUCCUUAUCCGUUGGCCCCGGUGGUGAUGAUGAUGGUGAAAUGGAUCAGGGUGGGGUCACCCAUCAUUCUCCGACGCAAGUACUUAGAAAUUUCAAGGAGAUUCGUUUCCUCCGAAUCGAAUUACCGAGCGGCGAGUUAGGGAUCGAAGACGGAGUUCUGUUGAAAUGGAGAGCCGAUUUCGGGUCAACCCUUGAUAACUGCGUCAUCCUCGGAGCUGCUUCCGUUGUUAACAACGUGCAUUUGCAAGUAUCGGAAUAUGGUAACGGUGGGUUUUGCAGCAACGAUAACGUUACCUGCGGUUCAAAUGUUGGCAACGGCGAUGAUAAUGGUAGUAUUCCCGAGUCGUUUUAUACCAACGGAGGUUUGAAAUUAAGGGUUGUUUGGACGAUUAGCUCGUUAAUCGCAGCAUCAGCAAGGCAUUAUUUGCUUCAACCGAUAAUUGCGGAGCAUAAGACGCUGCAUAGCUUGGUUUUAACUGAUGCGGAUGGACAAGGGGUGCUUUGUAUGAACAGGGAUCAGCUUGAGGAGUUGAGAGUGAAGCCAUUAUCUGCUUCUUCUGCUUCGAAAAGGACACUGGUGCCUGCGUUGAAUAUGAGGCUUUGGUAUGCUCCUCAUUUGGAAUUGCCACAUGGGGUUGUCUUAAAAGGUGCUACUUUGGUUGCUAUUAGGCCUAGUGAACAAUCUGCUUUGAAAAAAGAGGUGUCGGAUGCUUCUUGGUUAUCAACCGCUUUUGAAGAGCCUUAUGGGACUGCAGCUAAGAUGCUGGUUAAGAGAAGGACUUACUGUUUGGAGAUGAACUCGUUUUGAUGUCCGCUUCCUCUGCGAAGGGACAGCGGUCAAGCACAAUGGUCAAGAGUAAGAAGGGAUAGCAUGCUUUUGGAAAGCUGUUGGUCAGACAACAAUUUUGUUUCUUGUUGUAUAGCUUAAUCACGGGGCAGUAUCCUAUGAAAGCCAAAACUUGCUUUGGACUACCAGUGAAAGAUAUCCAUGCAUGUUGAUAAUUCACUGCUAGCGUUUCAGCUUUUGUGCUUCAACUGAUAAGCGAACAUGCAUCUGCUGGUUGUUUUUAUUUCAGGCAUAUGCUUGUAAAGAGUGCACACCUGCAACUAGAUUGAUGUUGUAAGAGAAUUGAGUUUCUAGUCCUUUUACUUUUUAUCUAUAAUGCCUCUAUAUGUGAAUAUUGUAGGUAUGAAGAUGUCAUGCUUGACGUUAUAUACUUAUGAAGUUCAUCAAGAAAUGUAGUUUGCACUUAGCUUUCAAUGUUUCUUCCGUAAAUUUACUGUACACUUUGUCAAAGUUUCAAGAAUUCUUUUUGGUCUUAUCUUUGCAAAUUCCUUAGACUUUGAAUUAACCAGAUUUAUGGAUGCAUGGUAGAGGUCGGAACUCAGAUGUAGUUUCGGGGUUUAUAUUAAUUGCAUAAGUUCCGAUACAAAUCCAGUGAUGAUAAAACAAUGGGUUCCACUUUGAACAAACUGUGUUGGAUAUGAUGAAAGGGGUCUGCUUCGUGGUUGUUUCAACUCCACCAAUAUUCUUGAAGCUUAGUUAGCCAAUUUAGCUUACUAAAAUGGCUGAUGUGAUAUCAUCUAUGUUGCUUUAUUUGCUUCUAUGUUUAUAGUUAGGAGGAAACGAUAAGCUAAAAGUCUCUAUAGCGGUACAACCUUUUGAUCCUUUAUGUCAUUCUACGUUCUGAAUGUGCCCAAACUGGCGAAGGCACCCAGAAAAGAAUACGCCUGUUUUAUCUGAGCAUGGUCACGGGAGUUUUUGACUCGACUAUUAUUCAGGGAUGCAUCCACAUAUCCUCAAACUUCCCGGUGGAAAGUAGUUACUCUUUACUGUUAAUGGAAAUCAUUUGUAAUUAUUUUUUCCCAAAUCAUCUUUGGUCAAACUAAAGGCCAUUGAUUAAAUGGCCAGAACCAUUAUUUAUCCCAAAAAGCAGAGACCAGGAUCAUAAAUUAGUUGAAAACAGAUUCUAGGUACACCAAGGCCUUCCAUUCCUAGCACAAAUGAA